AUGCCUGAUUUGCACUCCCUCCCCGCCGGCUCCCGCCCCGAUAAUGCGAUCCGCAACAACGGACCCGACGACUUAGCGCUGGAGCGGUAUAAGAUCCGCGAGCUGGCCGAGGGCUGGCCGUGCUACCGCGACGCCUGCGAAUGGGAGAACUUCAAGUCAAUCUUCCACUACCCAGACGCAUUCGUGUACACGACGUGGACCGGGCGGACACCUAUCGCGGACUUCAUCGCGGCGUCGCAGGGCGGGAUGGACCGUGGCGCAUUCAUCAUGCACCGGAUCCACGGGACGACGACGGACAUCCAGGGCUCUCGGGCCGUGACGAAGAUGAAGGCGACGAUUACGCAGCGGUUCACGCUGGACGGCUGCGAGGUCGACGCUGAGAGCGACUGCAGGUUUUGCUUCCUGUUCGAGAAGCGCGAGGGCCGCUGGGGCGCCGUCUUCGUUCGCCACUGGUACGAGAAGGAUAAGCUCAUCCCGGUCGACCCGAGGAAGAUCCCAAAGCUCGACGAUGAGAAGCUUAAGGGCUUCCCGAAGGGAUAUAGGUACCUGGCCUACUGUCAGGAGGCUACAAUGGGGAAUAUCAAGGUCAAGCUGGAUAUGCCUGGCCACCGGAACGAGGCGGAUUCGGUCACCGGGAAGGCUCACGACAAGCUGUACUGGCAGGCGAAACAGUGGCUGGAGGGCGAGGAGGUUGAUAUUUAG